AAGGAUUUGGUAUUUUAGUGGAAUCAUCAUGUUUUGGAUAGUUUUCUUCCAACUUUCUUUCGUCGUGUGUUACGGGCAGUUCCCCCGAGCCUGUACGGACGACCUCAGCCUCUCCACCGGCAGGUGUUGCCCGCUGUGGCCGGCGGCAGACGGGACAGGGUUGCCUUGCGGGGAGGCUGUGGGCCGCGGCACCUGCCGUCAGAUUCAGCCGGACGACUCUCCCCACAGCCCCAGCUACCCCUACGUGGGGGCGGACGACCGGGAACGAUGGCCGACUGUGUACUGGAACUGGACUUGUGAAUGUCGAGACAACUUUUACGGCGUCGACUGUAGUGAGUGUAAGUACGGCUUUGUAGGGCCCAACUGUACCGAACGAAAGGUUUUAAUCCGUCGGAACAUCUACGACCUAUCGUGGUGGGAGAGAACCCGAUUUCUGCGGGCGCUGGACGAGAGCAAAACCACCGUGAGCGAGCGUUGGGUCAUCCCCGUGACGCCCUACGUCGACGUCCUCACAAACGGAACCAAACCGGCCUUCGCAAACGUCACGACGUACGACGCUCUGGUUUGGAUGCACUACUACGUAGUGAGGGAUGUGCUUCUACCGGGAGGAGGGGUGUUUAAAAACGUAGACUUCGCGCACGAGGGUCCGGGCUUCUUACCAUGGCAUCGUCUGUACCUUCUACUGUUGGAGCGAGAGCUGGCUAAAAUUGUUGGUGAUGAGAACUUCGCUCUGCCAUACUGGGACUGGCGCGAUCUAGCUGACUGUGGUGACAUGUGCACAGACGACUUUUUGGGCGCAAGUCAGCAAAAUGGCACCGGCAGGCUUAGCGGCGGGUCGUUCCUGUCAAAUUGGCAGGUCAUCUGUAGUCGCAGCGACGAGUAUAACAAUCUCCGAACCGUUUGUGACGGAACGCCGGAAGGCCCUCUCCAGAGAAACGCUGGGAAAUCCGACAGGGUGUCGGCAUUGCCCACUUGGGAAGAGGUCCAGGCCGCCUUAGACCUGGACGAGUAUGAGGCGCCUCCAUACGACAGGUCGGCGAACUUCAGCUUCAGGAACUCCCUUGAAGGAUUUGCGUCUCCAGAAGGUAUCUCCUCUGACGCCCGGUACCUGCACGCGGCCGUGCACGUGUGGCUGAACGGCACCGUCACCGCCUCAGCCGCCUCCGCGAACGAUCCUGUCUUCUUCCUGCACCACGCCUUUGUGGAUAGCAUCUACGAACUCUGGCUGAGAAAAUUCAGACCUAACGUAAGCGCGCUACCCGCGGAAGGCGCCCGUAUCGGCCACAACCGGGGGUCCUACAUGGUUCCGUUCCUGCCCCUCCACACCACCGCGGAUCUCUUCACACCUGCUGCGGACUUCGGGUAUGACUACGACUUCAUGGUAGAGACCGAGGGCCGUGCGUGGUGGGAAGAUCUAGGGUUCCUGGAGUUCUACGGGGUGUUCCUAGGGGGCGUGCUCAUCGGGAUCCUGCUGCUCGCCGUAGUGUACAGCGCCUCCAAGCGGCUGUGCUGCCGUACUGCACAGGCUUACAGGGAGAGUCGGAGUACGGGAGCACAGACAAUAGACCCGGCAUCGGAGACUUUCUUGGAGGCGACGCCACUUUUGAGAAGAACUGUUCCGGAACGACGAUGGACCGAAGUAGUAUACAUUUGAAAAGGACUGGUU